UCAUCCCCCUUCGCCGCCGCUGCCCCCACCAAGGCCCCCUCAGGUGGGCAUAAGAAGCGCAAUCUGACGUUGGAUCUGAAGGCCUCCAGUACGGGCAGCGCCGUCAACAGUGUUAAUCCCAUUGCGCUGAAUCAGCUGACCGUGCCCGCCACCAGUGGUGCUACGGCGGAUCUCAAGACAUCCCCGGGAUUUCUCCUCACCAGUCCCGAUGUCCAGAUGCUCCAGUUGGCCUCACCGGAUCUAGAGAAAUUUAUCAUCCAGGGCCUCAUGGGACAGAGCACCCCGACGCCCACCACGCAGAUUGUUUUUAAUCCCAAAAACGUUACUGAAGACCAAGAAUCAUACGCGAAAGGCUUUGUGGACGCCUUGAACGCACUACACCGUAACGGAAUGGCCUACAACGUGGUACCCGCCAAUGCAGGAAAUGUUGCCUUCCCCAUUAGCCAGUUAGGCCAGGUGAACGGACAAAAUGUGUUCCCGCAAUUCUUUACGCUAAACCCGCAGCAACAAAUCCUGCCCAUCCAAACGGGCCAGCCGCAAACCAUGACCGCCCAUCCGGUCCACCAUCCGAACGGCGGCGCCAUCACCAUGCAGAUGCCUAUCCUGCAGCAGGCCAAAAUGGAGCCUUACUCCCCGUCGGUGUCCCCGGUGCCCUCCGAUCCCCAAACUGUGCCUUCUGAUCAGCGCUCCACACAGUCGACCAACAGCUCCUCGGGCAGUGCCCACGACGGUCCCUCUCCGGCCAUCGACAUGAACCACCAGCACCGCAUGAAAGUGGAGCGUAAACGCGAACGCAACCGCCUGGCCGCGGCGAAAUGUCGGCAGCGGAAGAUCCAGCGCAUCAGUGAGCUGGAGGAUAAAGUACGCGAACUGAAGGACCAGAAUUCCCUGCUGUCCAAUACGGCGGACACGCUGCGGAAUGAUCUGUCGAUACUCCGACAGGAGCUGCUGAUGCAUAUGACUUCCGGAUGCAGUAUUGAGAUGUCGCAGAAUUUAAUGCAGUCGCUGCAGCGCCAGUCGCAGCAGCAGCAGUAGAACCCCGUGCGCAAUGCAUUCCUACAAGUGCCAACAACGGGUAGACGGUCGCCGGCUUCCUGGUGUGUUAUCUGUUGUUUUUCUCUGUUUUCUCUCUCUCUCCUGUUGUUCCGUUGAUCUGGCGGUUCGGCCAAACAGCCACAGACCCUUGCCGGUGCGGAUGAUGUCUGUUCGUGUUCGCGCUCUCUCCCGGCCACACAUCCGCACUGAUGGUAUUAAACGAAUUGGAUUAUCACACGGGAUGGAAGAUUAUUUGGGGAGGUGGUUUUUUUUAAUUUGUGCAAAGUGCUUUUAUUGUUAGACUUGUUUUGUACCGGUAGAUGGACAGAUAUAGAAAGCAUAUUGCAAAGAAUUAAUAGUAGAGUUUAUCUCGUCCCCGUUUGGAGAGAAAUUUUUUAUUUGUUUAUGCAGCUUUCGUGAAUUUUACCCGUGGGUUUUUAUGAGUGUCCUUUUGUCUUCUUUUUUUAUCCAUUUAGUGUGGGAAGCUAUUGAGCCGGUGAUGAUUAGGCUGACAUAGUUGUUGGAAUGAUUCUUUCUUGUGUUUGUGGUUCUACUAAUUUUUAACGUAUUACGAAUGCACUUGUGUUGCAGUCAAACUGAUGCCCCGUGUCCUUUUUGUAUCUAUCGCAAUAAAAUGAUUAUGGAAUUA